GUCAUACCUGUUCUUAUAGGCAAUUCAAUACUGUUGCCCCACAAAUUGGAUAUCAAUAUGGAGGAGUUUAGUCAUGUGAUGUUGUUGCUUUUUAGACCCUGGCAAAAACCAUCUGAGCUGCUCAAUGAUUUCCCAUGUUGGACUGAAGUUUUUGAUGCAUACCAUUUUAGUGACAGUUCAUCCCAAGUAAUAUCCAACUUCCUGAUAGAAAUGGAGUGCAAGGAUGCCAGAGAUGGUCAAAGAGCAAGAUACAAAGUGCAAGGACCUGAUCUAACAGUUGGUUGA